AUGUUGCGUUCAGCUAAGAACAUUAUGAAGGGUUACUCCAAUGCCCAGGUGCUAGUGAGAAAUGCUACCGCAAACUCAGAUGAACAGAUCUCUAGGGAUAAUCUAGAUGAAAUAAGUCAGUUGACAUAUUCAAAUGCAGAAUUUUUUGAUAUUAUGGAUAUGUUAGACAAGAGAAUCAACGAUAAAGGGAAAUAUUGGCGUCAUGUCGCUAAAUCUAUGACGGUGUUGGAUUAUUUGGUAAGAUUUGGUUCAGAAAAUUGUGUGCUAUGGUGUAAAGAAAACCUUUACAUUAUUAAGACUUUAAGAGAAUUUAGAUAUGAGGAUGAAACGGGUGUUGAUAAGGGACAGAUCAUUAGAGUGAAAGCUAAAGAGUUAACAAGUUUAUUAAUGGAUGAUGAAAGAUUACAAGAAGAAAGAAGAAUGAAUAAAUCGGGUAGUCGUAGAAACCGUAAAGGCAAUUCAAAUAAUGAUAAUGGUUAUGAUGAUGAUAUGAGAAGAGCAAUAGAAGCAAGUAAAGGUACUGCCGCAAAUGAAGACGCUAGACGUAAACGUGAAGAGGAUGAAAGACGUGCUGCUCAACUUUUAUUAUCAAAGGAGGAGGAGGAAUUGAACAGGUUGAAACAAUUACAGCAACAGCAACAGCAACAAGCCAUGAUAUUACAACAACAACAACAACAGCAACAGCAACCUAUGUACUAUGAUAUCUUUGGGAAUCCUAUCUCACCUGAAGAAUAUUUGCAAUAUCAACAACAACAAGCAUUGCUACAACAACAGAAUUUGGCCCAACAACAACUUUGGGCUCAGCAACAAGCAUAUGCACAACAACAACAACAGUUCCAGCAACAGUUCCAACAACAAAUUCCAUCCACAACUACUGGAUCCAAUAAUCCAUUCGGACGUAGUAACUAUGAUGCUCUGAAGGUUAUUAAUGAUAAUAGUACGUCAGCUAACAGUAUAUCAGGCACAAAUUCAGAACCUGUAUCUCAACAAAACGUUCAACAAACAUUGCCUCAAACUAGAACAGGGAACCAAUCUAUGUCGGAUAAAUAUAGCGCAUUAAAUACCUUAUUAGCAAGUGGUACAGGUAUUGAUACAUUUGGUAACACCGGUGAACAAAGAAUUCCAGCUCAGCAUACAAAGACAGGAACAUUCAUUAAUUCCCAAGGGACAGGGUAUAAGCAAUUUUCCGAGGUAGAUAUGAAUAAACCAAAUCCAUUUUUAAAUUCUCAAUAUACCGGUUUACCUUCCACCAAUAUUGCACCAUCCUAUACAGGUUUUGGCUUUGGUAAUCAACAUCAAACUAAUCCAAAUGGAAACAACUUAGUUGACUUAUGA